CAACUCAUUGCUCGUAGUGAACGUCCUCUCUUCCUUGAUUCUAAUGGCUUCUUCUUCCUCUAAGCCCAGAAAGUGUUAUGACAUCUUCCUGAGUUUCAGAGGCCCGGAUGUCCGAAAUUAUUUCCUCGGUCAUCUCUACACAGCUCUAGACCAAGCAGGAAUAAAUACUUACAGGGAUGAUGAAGAACUGAGAAAGGGAGAGCAAAUAUCAACCGAGCUCCUGAAGGCGAUUGAGGAGUCGCGUAUUGCAAUCGUCAUUUUCUCCAAGCACUAUGCCUCUUCGACGUGGUGUUUGGAAGAGCUGGCAAAAAUCAUGAAGUGUAAGGAGCAAAGAGACCUCAUGGUCUAUCCAGUGUUUUACAAAGUGGAACCCUGUGAAGUGAGAACACCCAGAGAAAGUUACUUAGAAGCUAUGGCUGAGCAUGAGGACAAGUUCGGGAAGGAUUCCGAGAAAGUAAAGAGAUGGAAGAAAGCUCUUUUUUAUGCUGGUAGCUUGUCUGGGCGACAUUUUACAGAUGGAUAUGAAGCGGUGCUUAUAAAACAUAUCGUACAGGAGAUCUCAACUCAACUAGAUCGAACUCCAUUAGAUGUAGCCAAAUAUCCGAUUGGGAUAGAUUCUCGAGUACAAGAGCUUAAAACAAUCUUAAAUCUACAGUCCAAGGAUGAUAUUCUUAUGGUAGGAUUAUGGGGACAAGGAGGUGUAGGGAAGACAACCCUUGCUAAAGCCAUUUACAACACUGUGUUUAGAGAGUAUCAAGGUUCUAGUUUCUUGGAACGUGUUAGAGAAAACUCCAAAAAUUCCAAUGAUUUGGUUCUUUUGCAAGAAAAAUUGCUAUCGGAGGUAUUACUUGUGAAGAAAUUAACAAUUUACAGCGUUGGUGGAGGAAGUCGGUUGAUUCAAGAUAGACUUUGUAAUAAGAAAGCUCUCAUUAUCCUUGAUGAUGUCGACGAUCAAUGCCAGUUAAAUGCCUUAGCCAGAAAUUGUGAGUGGUUUGGUCAAGGAAGCAGGAUAAUUAUUACAACAAGAAAUAGGCAUCUGCUAACUUCUCAUGGGUUAGACUGUGAUCAUAUGUAUGAAGUAAAAGCUCUCGAAAAUGGUGAAGCUCUUGAACUUUUUAGGAAGCAUGCUUUUCUAGGAAAUCGAAAAAUAGAAAUCAGAAGCAAUCUUGUUGAUAAGGUUUUACAUUAUGCCGGAGGCCUUCCUUUGGCACUUGAGGUGUUGGGUUCUUUCUUAUGUGGUAGAAGAGAACAUGAAUGGAAAAGUACCCUGCGGAAACUUUCCAAAAGUCCUGACAAAAAAAUCAGUGAUGUGCUAAAGGUGAGUUAUGAUGGAUUGGAGGACUAUGUAAAGGAGAUUUUUCUCGACAUUGCAUGUUUCUUCAAGGGGCAGAAUACAAAGUACAUUAAGAAAGUUCUUGAUAGUUGUGACUUUGACACGACUAUUGGGGUACAAAUUCUCAUUGAGCGCUCCUUGAUUAGGAAAGAGUAUAGGACCUUACAAAUGCAUGACUUAAUACAAUCAAUGGGUAUGGAUAUUGUUAAGGAAGAAUGUCGAGAUGAUCCCGGCAAACGCAGUAGGUUAUGGAUUCACGAUGAUGUUCUUGAUGUUCUAUCAAGAAGUGUGGGAACAUCUGCGAUAAAAGCCAUAGUUUUGAGGCUACCAAAGCCACAGAAGAUGUAUAUUCAUCCUCAUGCUUUCACAAACAUGAGAAAGUUGAGGUUGCUCAUCCUACGUAAUGUAGAUAAUUCUUUCCAAGGUCCCAUCCAUCUCCCUAAUGAGUUAAGGUGGUUGGAAUGGCCUCAUUGUGCCUCGAUUCCAGAAUUUAGAGAUGGUCUAAAGGAGUUAGUUGGAUUUGAUAUGCGGAAUAGCAAGAUCGAAGUAGGGCUGGGACAAUUUAAGGGCUUUGAAAAACUGAAAUUCAUUAACCUCAGCGAAUGCCAGUUGCUGGUUUGUAUGCCGGACCUCUCUUGUACUCCAAUUCUCGAGAAAUUGAAUCUCUGUGGGUGCCAAAACUUGGAGCAUGUCCACGAAUCAGUUGCAUAUCAUCGCAAGUUACAGUUAUUGGAUUUAAAGGGGUGCUCUAAAUUGCGAAGAUUCCCUGAUAUUCCUGAUAAAAAUGAAAGCUUACGUGAAAUUAUAUUAAAUGGGACUUCAAUUGAGGAACUUCCUGCGUCCAUUGAAAAUUUUGUCUCUUUGAAGCAUAUGUAUUUAGAAAACUGCAAGAAACUGGCAAUCAUUCCGUCUAGCAUUUACAAGUUACAAAGUCUUAGUGCCUUGUGGCUUGGUGGCUGCUCAAAACUAAUCAAGUUUCCAAAGGACGAGGAGGAUCCGGGUGAUCCCCAUACGAAGACAGGAUUUCCAAAGUUGCACAAUUUAUCCCUUAAUGGAUGCAAUCUAUCAGAAGUAGAGUUUUUGGAGAAUCUUUCCAAUUUUCCCCGCUUACAAUAUUUAGAAUUGCAUGGAAACAAUUUUACUAACAUUCCUACAUGCGAGCGACUAUGUUACUUGUACCAUUUGGAUGUUUCUUAUUGCCAACAACUACAAGAGAUCCCCAAGAUUCCAGGGAAAUUGAUAUAUCUAGGCGCAAUUAAUUGCGAAUCUCUAAGUAGAAUUCCCUCCAACAUACGUGAUGUUAAGGUCGUUCACUUAACUUCAUGUCAUGAACUGGUCCGUAAUGGGUUCUCCGUGAAUGAUUUGUUCAAGCUUGAGAGUUUUCAUUGCAAAGCAUUUCGGCAAGUUGUUCUACCUGGAGGAGAGAUGCCAAAGUGGUUGCUCCCUAAUAAAGAGGGUUAUAUAUCUUUCAUGGCUUCAAAGGACUUAUAUAAAAAGUUCCUAGGAGUAGCUUUCUGUGUUGUAUUCCGAGCAGAAAAAAAUAGGCAUUUCUCUUUUUGGGUUGAAGCACUCGCUAAUGGCAAACGAGGUGAGGUUCACAAUCAGGUUUUUACGUCGUCUAAUUUGGAUCAUGUGUGGCUUGAUUAUUACAAAGUAAAGCGUUUGUGGAGCGUAGACGAUUUUGGUCCAAAUGACUUGAGUCAUUUUCAAGUUAGCAUUAGAUUAAGAAGAUGUCCAGAUGGCGGAGUAAUUGUGAAAAAGUGUGGAUUCCGACUAAUAUGCAAGCCACUAGACAAUGAUUUGGAGGUUUUGCUUCAAGAUGAUCAAUUGCUUGAUCCAGCUUUACUUUACGAAGUUGGGUAUGAAGAUAGUCAAACAAGCUUAGAGGAAGAACGUCCAAUAAGUGAAACAGAAGAUUUACAAGAUAGUCAAACGAGUACCGAGGAAGAUGGUUCAAGCGAUUUAGUCGACAAAGGAUUGAACAUUGCUGACUUCUCAAUUGAGAAGCAUCGCUAUUCCAAUAUCGAUUCUCAUCACCGAAAUGUUCACCCUGGAGGAGAGAUGCCAAAGGACUUCGUCCUUGUUGAAGACUGUACCAUUUCAUUCAUGGCUUCACAGGAAUUGUACGAUAAGUUCAUAGGAUUGUCUCUCUGUGUUGUUUUCAGUGUAGAAGAUGGAGAAAAGGAAAUAUCUUUUGACAUCGUGCCACAACUUCACGGCCAAAGGCGGAAUGGGCUAUCAGGAACUCUCGGUUCAUUUGAUUCGGAUCACACAUGGUUUCAAAUUCUCGAACCAAAUGUGCUGUGGGGAUUGUUGGAGGGAGUAGUUGAUUUCGGUCAAUUCGAGGAGCGUUAUUUACGCUUUAGUCUUACAGUUACAGUAUCGGGUGGAACCAUGAAAAAUUUGGGAUAUAUGCUAAGAUGCAGGCAACUAGAGGAUGAUUUGAAGGUUGUACUUCAAGAAAAUCAGUUAGUGGAUCUAGCUUCACUACGUGAGGAAUCUGAUGAACAGCCGUACAAAGAGAAACUGGAAGCAACUGAUGAAUCAACAUACGAAGAGAAAUUGGGAUGGAACAAUAGUGCAUUAAUAUAUGCAGAGGAACUGGAAGCAAGUGACAGUGAAACAGAUUAA